AUGAUUAAUGUGUUGGUUGCUGCUGCUGCCAGAUCAGAUGAGAAACUUUUUUCUUUUCUGUACGCACCUCCUAAGCUGUCUCCAAGCAGGAAUCGGAUGGUUUCUUCUGAUCAAUCUUCCCAUCCAGAAAUCCCAUGUAAAUUUGGAUUGAAUUGCUCCUGGGUUACAUCUACCAAUGCCUCUGGAAAACCAGACUGGUUACUGUCUUCUGUUAUUGAUCUGACUUCUCAGGAAGAUCAGCAGAUCAUGGAGAACAGCUCAUCCAACAGAGAUCGAGAAGGAGAUAUCCUUCUCCUGAACACUAGCAGGAUCUCAGACAGGUGCACGUUCAGUCUCCACAGCCCUAUCCUGCCUUGGAGCUCCAGUUCCUGCCUGUUAGAGCUUGCUGUGUAUUCACAGGGCACCAGUCUAGGAGGACUUUCUGCUGAAAUGCGAUAUGUGGACACUAAUCAGAGUUUGACCAUCCAUCUGCAAGAAGGACAUGAACAACAUGCUGGGGUAAAGUGGAAAGUGCUGAUAGGUUCAGUUGGACAAAUGGAAAGGCCCUUUGAGAUCACUUUGCUAUAUUCAAGCUGUAAAGAAAAGACUUCUGGGCUUUUGGCACUGGGCUCUUUGCAACUGAGAAACUGCUUUCAUGGCAAAGAAGGUCCUCAUCUUUCCAAAUAUGACAAGAGUUCAACUGUCCCCUGCACACAUGGGCGCUGUGUCAGCCACCUGCACAUCUGUAAUUUCAACACAGAUUGCCCCACCAAAGAAGAUGAUGAAUCUGUCUGUGACAGUCUACCAGAAGGGGCACAUUGUUCUUUUGAGGAAGGUCCCUGUGGCUGGAUGUUGGAGGGCAAUGUGAUUUUUUCCUGGAGUAUUACUGGCUUUUCAAAAGUGCAUGAAGACCAGCUUGGAGGAAAUGCCUUACACACCACUAGAGGUCACUUUUUGUAUCUGCGCGUAGAUAGCAAUCUCACAGGUGGUGUUGCUAGGGCAUACAGCACGAGUCUCCCAGCCAGUCUCACCAGUGAAACCUAUCAGGUCCAAUUUUCAGUGUACAUUUUUGGCAGUUACAAUGGCACCGUAUCGCUCAUUGUUCAAGAAGAGGCAGAGGGAAUCCAUGCCACACCAGUGGUGUGGGAAAGAACAGGAAGCUGGAGUGAUCACUGGUUUCUCAUAAGUGUAGAAAUGCCAAGGCUUCAGAACAACUUUUACCUGCAGCUCCUGGCCUCUUGGGGCUGGAAUUCCCAAGCUGACAUUGCUGUGGACAAUAUUACAUUUGGUCUCGAUUGCUUUUCUGAUGGAAGAAGACAAAGUCAUCCUGACGAAAAGCAACACUACCCAUGGGAAAGCGAUGUACCCAAUGAGCAUGACUUUAAUCCAUUGGGAGAGCCCCUUUCUUUAGGGGAAGGGCGUGGCAUUUCUUGGUGGUUUUCAUCCUGUGGGGCCAGUGGGCCUCGAGGGCCAACGCAAGCACAGUGUGAUAGCGCCUAUCGCAACACCAGCGUUUCAGUGACCGUGGAAAAAGAGGGACGGCUACGAGGGGUGCAAGUAUGGAAAGUGCCAGCAUCAAACCGGUAUACGAUUUCAGCAUACGGAGCAGCUGGCGGAAAAGGAGCCAAGAACCACAACAUGCGAUCCCAUGGCGUCUUUAUUUCUGCUAACUUCCAACUUGAGAAAGAUGAGCUCCUCUACAUCUUGGUGGGGCAACAAGGGGAAGACGCCUGCCCAGGGAGUAACUCUCAGACGAAGCAGAUCUGCCUGGGGGAAUCAUCAGAAAUUGAAGAAGAAUACAAGAAAGAAAAGGGACUAACUGAAUGGGCUGGAGGAGGGGGUGGAGGUGGAGGAGCCACUUACAUCUUUAGACAGAAGGAUGGAGCUUUUGAACCUUUGCUUGUUGCGGCAGGAGGUGGAGGGAAGGCUUACUUGAAAAAUCAGGAUGGCUCCCUGGAUGAUGUGUUCCUGGAACAGUAUGUGAACAGCACAGCAGUACCUGGUGUCAGUGGGAGAACUGGGGCAGCAGGUGGAGGUGGUGGUUGGGGAGACACUGCCCAGUUUCCUUGGGCUGGGAAAUCACUUCUAGAGGGUGGAGAAGGUGGUGAGGCCUGCCACCAAGCGAUAGAGAAACUUCACUGGGACACCUCAGGUGGCUUUGGUGGUGGAGGAGGAGCUUGUACAUCUGGCGGAGGAGGUGGAGGCUAUAAGGGUGGCCAUGCCUCUGAAAUGGAUGACCUCACAGCUGAUGGGCGUCAUGGUGUUUCCUUUGUGAAUUUAGUGGGGGAGGUCUUCUUGAAUCCCCUGGCAGUUAUGGAGAGUCAUGGUGAAGUGGUGAUUGAAGUCUACUUGAAUUGUAAUCACUGCCAAUCAGGUAUCUGCAAGCAAAACACUGACACCCACCUACCAGUCUGCAUUUGUGCAGUCGGGGCCAUCUUGGCUAGUGACAAUGUAUCAUGUACAGUCCUCCGUGGUCAAGGACACCUGCCUCUCCCACUCCUCUUGGCAGUGGUUGCUGUUAUUGUGGUGCUCGGAAUGACCCUGACUUGUGGCAGCCUCUCAAUUGUUUAUCACCGUAAGAAGCAGCAAGUAGAAGGGGCCAGAGCCCGUCUGCAAAGUCCAGAAUAUAAUCUGAGCAAAAUCCGCACAUCCACCAUCAUGACAGAUUAUAACCCCAACUACAGCUUUGCAGGGAAGGCAGCAACGCUCAGCGAACUCAAGGAGAUCCCGCGGAAGAACAUCUCCCUGCUUCGGGCACUUGGACAUGGGGCAUUUGGUGAGGUUUAUGAAGGCACAGUGGUAGGAAUCACCGGAGAUCCCAGCCCUCUGCAAGUUGCUAUCAAGACAUUGCCAGAAAUCUGUUCCGAGCAAGAUGAGAUGGAUUUCCUAAUGGAAGCGUUGAUAAUCAGUAAGUUCAGUCACCAGAAUAUUGUGCAGUGUAUUGGAGUAAGCCUGCAGACCUUGCCUCGCUUCAUCCUGUUGGAGCUUAUGACUGGUGGAGAUAUGAAGAGCUUCCUUCGGCAGAAUCGGCCUCGAAUGAAUCAACCAUCCACUUUGACAAUGCAGGACCUGCUAAAUAUAGCCAGAGACAUUGCUUGUGGUUGCAAAUAUUUAGAGGAGAACCACUUUAUCCACAGAGAUAUUGCUGCAAGAAACUGCCUUCUAACCUGCACUGGACCUGGACGAGUGGCCAAAAUUGGUGACUUUGGAAUGGCUCGAGAUAUCUACAGGGCAAGCUACUAUCGCAAAGGUGGAAGAGCCAUGCUUCCAGUGAAGUGGAUGCCCCCAGAAGCUUUCCUAGAAGGAAUCUUCACCUCCAAGACUGACACCUGGUCUUUUGGAGUGCUGCUUUGGGAGAUCUUCUCCUUGGGCUAUAUGCCUUACCCUUGCAAAACCAACCAGGAAGUGCUAGAGUUUGUCACCAGUGGGGGGCGAAUGGAUCCACCAAAAAACUGCCCAGGACCUGUUUAUCGGAUCAUGACACAGUGUUGGCAGCACAGUCCUGAGUACCGACCCAACUUCACCACCAUUCUGGAAAGAAUCAAAUAUUGCACUCAGGAUCCUGAUGUGAUCAAUACAGAACUGCCCAUUGAAUGCACCCCAACACCAGAGGAUGAAGGAAGCACUGUGUUGCAUCCCAAUAGUUCCACUGGGAUGGGUCCUUUGCUAGGGAACCCUCCCAUUACACCUCCCAUGAACCCCAGUGCACCAGAAGGCCAUAACUCAGGGAACAAAUAUGGACAAUGUCCUCAAGAGCUGCUAGUGGAGAACCUUGGCAACUGGAUCACCAGAGGGCCGAACACGCCUUGCUUCAGUGAAUCCAGCAGCGAGGCGUGGGCCCAGCCAAAACUGGAUUCCACCAGCCAGCCAGCACCCAAGUUGAAAAAUAAAACCAAAAACCUUUGGAACCCAACGUAUGGGUCCUGGGUCCUGGAGAGCAUUUGCCAGCCCAGUUCCAAACUCCACCCGACGCAAGAGCGAGAAGAUUCAGGGUUUGACGGAAACUGCAGUUCCUCCCCGAGUUCUCGGGCAUCACCGUCAUCUCCAGGCCAAAGCCAUUCUCCUCACAUUGACAUUGGUGGGAUUGAACUAGUGAAGCUACAGAAUUUCCCCUGUGGCAACGUGAACUAUGCUUAUGAUGAUCUGUGCUACGAAACAGGCCAGGCGUUCCCUCUGGCAGCCGAGCCGGCUACAGUCUUGAGGAGCGCCAGCCUGCACAGAAGUGGCAAGCUUUCCUCGAAGCCAGAGCAAACCUCAAGAGAGAGAGACUCUGGCCUCUCCUUGUCGGAUGACCUGAGCGUUACACCUGUAUAACAAGGAAUGCUCUGCCUGGGUCAGGCCUUCGCUCUGGGAGUGAGUAUGUCUGCAAGAGCAAUCAAAAUGGCAUUUGUGGUUGUCUUCCUCCCUCCCUCCGUGCUCUAGAAACAGAUGGGUUUGUGUUGUCUUGCUCUGGCCUCCAGCAGUGUGAAUGCCCAAUGAAGUUCUUCAAAAUGGUAAAAGUGGCUCCAACCUGUUAAGCCAAGGCCAGGGGUUACAGGACGCAAUGAUGCCCUUGUUACAAUGAUUCUGGGUUUAAUAUCCGUAGAGAUGGUCACACCCAAUCAUCGUUAGUGAAAAGUUGUCUCAAUUCUUAAAUAGGAUAGGUUAGAAAUGGCAAAACUCUGAUCUACCCACAUAGGCCAGAGUGGCCUGUAAACUGUUGUACUUUCCAUCUGAUUCAACAGUCAUGCUGGUGCACUGAGUAAGAAAUCAAAUCAACUGGGUUUGUAUUGGACACAAUAGACAAAAAGUAUAGUAACAACAAGAGAGACUAGUGUAUUCAUGAUAAAAAGGAGCCGAAGUUAAAGAGGCCACAGACAAAUAUUUGGGUCCUUCAGCAAGAGCAUUAAACACUCAGAACCCUGCCCCACCCCCAAAAGAUUUAAAGGAGCAAGUUGAGUUGAUAACAUCCUUUUCAUUACUGAAAGCUGCACCACAGCCCAAUUUAAUUCCCAAUGCCUGGCCCUGGAGGUCUCAGGAGUUACCUGUCAGUGUCUAUAAUGAGCUGGACGUUUUCUUUCAAUGAACUUACCCGGAACUGUUUUUAAAAGCACUCUUGAGUUCAACAAUAAUCAUUCACACUUCGGUAAGAAUACUUUUUGGAAACUGAAAAUUUAGGGUGCAAUUUUUAUAUGUAUAUAACAUGAAAGUUAUUCUAAUGUGAAAUGUGACAAAGGCCAUUGCUCGGUGCAAGGUCAAAUUUUUAAGGAGUUACCCUGAUUUAAUAAGUCGAGACUGGUAUUUGUUUUGGUCUCGUUAUCAAAUAGCUACUAACCAUGGGUUAUGAUACGUACUUGCUAUUGGCAAGACAAGCUGGGGCAUGAAAAGAUAUUUUGAAUCCAUGUUGAUCUAAAUAGAUACCUCCAGUAUCAGAGGCAGUAAUGCUAUUUACACCAGUUUCUGGGGAACAUGGGUGGGAGGGUGCUGUUGCACCUGUGGUCAGCUUUGUGGUCCCUUGUCAACAGCUGGUUGGCCACUGUGUGAACAGAAUGCUGGAC